CGAGUUUUCACCGAGGAAAGUUUCGAUUUCCGAAGCAAUUUAGUUUGUGCUUUAUUAUACAUUGUUGGUCGACUCGAGAGUGUGGAUUUCACCGAUUUUGUCGCAUGCUGGCAUAACUAUCUUACGACCGAUCUUUGGCUGUUCUUACCACUGCUAGUUCUACUAUGAUCAAAAGCAACUCGGGUAGCUGUUGCUAUGUUCAAAUAUUCGUGGCUUUUCUGGCCUUCAGCUCCUUGAUGAUUAAUACCUCAGCUGCUCCCUGCCAUAAAAACUUCAAAGGCCAACAAAGUGGCAUAUUUACCAGCCCAAACUAUCCUAAUGAAUCUUACCCUGAUGAUCAAACUUGUACAUGGGCCAUAACGGUAGCCCAGGGCCUUAUUGUCCGUCUGACCUUCAAGGAUUUUCUCACGGAGAGGAACUUCGCUUGCAGCAAUGACUAUGUCAAGGUAUUCGAUGGGCCGAGCGAGACGGACACGAUGAUUGGCAAGUACUGUGGCGGCAUGCAACCAUUUGAUGUCGACUCAAGCUCGAAUCAAAUGUUUGUCAAAUUUGUCUCGGAUUCCUCAGUUGGGUUCAGAGGAUUUAGAGCGGAGUUCAAAGCAACAGUAAAACAAAUUACGACAGAUGAACCGUUUGUACCACUUCUUUCCACCACAAAACAAUCCUUGACAAGUACUGCACCAACCGACAGUCUUCCAACGCACAUCACAGCUACAGGCAUGCAUCUAUCACAAAAACCAGAGACCACUGCAACGGCAACUGCUUCGCCAACCAAAGUGGUUGCUAACGUGCCUAAAACCGUGCUCUCCUUCACAAACCCUCUCGGGAACCACACCGUAGCUGUCGGCUCUUCGCAGAGAUUCGUAUGCCACGUGAAGGGGACUAGAAAACGUGUACCGAUUAAAUGGACGUGGAAUGGUAGAAUCAUCAGCGACGAUCCAGACCAAAUCGAUAUCUGGAACCGGCCCAAGCGCAAAUCCACACUGACGCUCAAGAAAACGAAAAAGGAAGAUAGCGGGAUGUACGGCUGUCACGCCGGCAUAGGGAUGAUUGGCGUGGAUUCCAUUCAAAUGUACGGAUUUUUGAGCGUCAAGGAUCCACCAAUCAUAGUUCUUGGGCCCGCUGAUCAGAACGUGGUUACUGGGGAUCACGUGACGAUGACGUGUACUGUCGGCGGGGAUCCUCCUCUCAAGAUCAAGUGGUACAUUAAUGGAAUAGACUCAUCCGAUCUGGCCACAAUGGGCCAAAGUCGCACAUCAAAAAUAACUUUUCGUGCUGAGCAGACUGUGAAGGUGGAAUGCCUGGUGUACAACGACCUCGGCAGGAGCUCUGCCAAGGCCACUGCGAGCGUACAACGUCGAAUGCCAGUGACCACGCGAAACAUGGUUCCGCGAAAAGCACUUAUCACCAUAGCGACUCUAAACCAGACGGCGGGCAUCGGGGCCAAUGUCACGCUAAGGUGCUCGGCCACCGGCACGCCGCCCAUGAAAAUAAGAUGGUUUAUUGACGGGCGCUACUACGAUGGUGAGCAGAACAGAGGUAGAGAGAGCAUGUACACGUCAUCCUUUACGUUCACCGUCAACAAGGAAUACACAGAGGUUAAAUGUUUGGCCCAGAACCCGUACGGCAUUGACAAUAGGUCUGGCGUAAUACGCCCCUCAGAGGAUAUGGAGGCAGUAUCCCAAAGCCCCUGGGAUCAGUUCAUGCCUGGCAAGAGCUUGUUCUACAUUCUGGUCGUCUGCGCACUGGCCACGCUCGUACUCGUCCUGCUAGGCGUGGUGUGCAUCAGGCGACAGAGGGCGAGUAGCCGCUACAAGCCGCCGACCCCGGUCAGCCUGGAACAGCUGACGAAGAACCCGAUGUUCGAGAGAAAUAGCACAAGCUCUUACAUCAACCCGAAGCUAGAGAGAUGGGAGUUAUACAGAAACAAUAUCGAGUUCGUUAAAGACCUAGAUGAUGGUCCACUAAGCAGGCUUUUCCUUGGUAACAUGGCACCCUUGUCCCGUGGGGAACAAGACGUCAUGGUGAUGGUCAAGGUGCGCAAGGAAUCCGUCCCCAGCCAGGAGAUCAAGGAUGCUUUCGAAGAGGAAGCCUUAGUUCUGACAACAUACGAUCACCCCAAUGUUCAGAGUUUGCUUGGAGUGUGUGUGAUUGGGAGACCUCUUUGCCUUGUGCUUGAGUACUCAGACCGCGGAGAUCUUAACCAGUUCCUGCGAGAUUGUGGCUGUAGUCAUUACAUUAUUCGUGAACGGCCUUCUUCUGCCAUCGAUCCAGACUCUAACAAACUGUCCCACCUGGAUCAGUUAUGCAUUGCUAAACAGAUAGCCGCCGGUAUGGAGUAUUUAGCGAGCAGGGGAUACAUUCACAAACAGCUCUGCACAAAGAGCUGCAUAAUCAGUAAGAAUAUGAUUGUGAAGAUUGCAAACCUUGGAGUAAGUGAUGCAGGCCCCAACACAAGUUACUACCACCUUAAUACUAUACAAAAAUCCAAGUACCCAGUUCGCUGGCUCCCGCUAGAGACCAUUCACAAUGGGAUUUUUGAUGACAACACGGACAUCUGGUCCUACGGGAUCAUGCUAUGGGAGGUGUACUCAUAUGGGAUGACGCCAUACUAUGGUAUGAAUAACGAGGAAGUUAUAAGCCUGGUAAGAGAUGGGGAUAUUCUCCCAAAGCCAAAGGAGUGUCCACGAGAGAUGUACAGCCUAAUGCAAGAUUGCUGGAGUUUGGUUCCUCAUGAAAGACCAAGGUUUAGAUACCUGCACCAAAAGAUUGGUGCUCUCUUCACUGGUGUUGCUGUAUGAGUGUGUUAUGUUUAACGCUUAUAAAGACAAUGAUUAAAUACCAUAAUAACCAUCUUUAAUGAUGGUUAAUGAUGUGGCGAAGAGGUAGAUAGUGUGGCCUAUUGCUGCAUGUGUCGAUACAAACAAAAUGGACUGCUGCUUCAGUAUGAAACCAAUUUUUGCGACUGAGAUCUCCAACCAAGUAGAGUACUGUAACUAAAGCACAUUGGAGAUCUUUAUUAGUACAUUUUGAUUCAAAGUUCUUUUUGCUUAAUACCUAAAAAAAAUCCAGGAUAAUAAUGAAAUAAGGCAUGCCCACAAAAGCUGUAAAGUGAUAAAGCUACUGACAGUAGCUGUAAACUGAUAAAGCUACUGACAGUAGCUGUAAACUGAUAAUGGUGAUAGCCUCUUGAAAAACAGGAGGAAACGGUUCCUCAAAAAUGAGGUCUGUGUGUUAUAUAGUGGGUGAGGUCUGUUGUUUACAAAGUUCUAUGCAGUGGUGGCUUUUGUUUUAAAUUUUGAAAUUGUUGAGUUGUUGGGUAAUCAGAAAGUAAUAGUAUACUUAACUUGAAAAAAAUAUAAACAAUUUUAACUACAAUGUACAAAAUGUCACACUAUUUUAGAGUAAUACUGCCAAGUUAUUUUGAAAGCUGUGCAUGUAAAACAGCUUGUAGAGCAAUUUAGAAAACUACUGCAAAUCUAUCAUUUGUACAGUGAUAGUGAGAAACAAGAAAAUAUUUAUAGAUACAAAGUUCAUAUUUGCAUAAAAAUGGGCAAAAUUUUAAAAUAAAUGUCAUUUAGUAUA